AGUCAUAAAUACUCACCAUAUAGCCCCUUGAUUAUGUGUGGAGCUACUGAUAAUAAUGGUGACCUAUGGUACUGUUGGAUUCCAUAAAGUGUGACUGUGUAGAAUAGGCAACACACAUUCGACCUAGAGCUCGCGACCUAUUUUUUUUGUAUGACUGAGUGACUAUGACAACCACUAAUACGCAAGAAAACCUAGAUGUAGACGAGCGUAUUGCACAAACGGGAUGCGAUGAAGCGUAUGGACGCCUGGAUGACUGUCUAGUUCGCAACGAUAGGGUAUGGAGCAAGUGCCAAAACGAACUUCGUGAAUUUGGUCGUUGCAUGAAGGCUGGUUACCCUGCAAGUAACACAGUGCCAAAGAACACAACACCUAGAUAGUUGGUCAUUACUAUAUAAAGGAACAAACGCGAUCCAAGGGAGUUGACUUGAAUUUGAAAGCCAUUAAACGAUGGUUCCGGGG